GAAUUCCAAAUAGAAACAGUUCUUAAUAAUGCUCCGAAUAUACGCCACCGUUUCAGUGCUAUGCCUUUUCGGCAGUUUCUUCGCAAAAGCGCAGUUCAACAACAUCACUGUUUUGAUACACAAAGGCAACUCGUCAGUGACUUUAAUGAAAACAGUAACGUUACUAAACGAAACGUAUAUAACAGAAAUCUUAAUAGAAGAGGAAGAUGUGCCAGUGUUGAAGACGGGAAUAUUCGACAGCUUGUUUCUACUUCAUACCGUAAACGUAAGGAAUACGAACUUAGUGACAUUACAACCGAAUAUCUUUGCUGGACUAAGACGGAUCAGAAAAAUCAAUUUUAACUUCAACAAGAUCCGUUUUGUACCUUCAAAUGUUUUUAAAAAUAUACCUGUGUAUAUAAUAGCUCUUAGAGGUAAUGGGAUAGAAACUAUCAGUGAAAACGCGUUCUAUAACCUCCAAAAUCUCAGAAAUUUGGACUUGGGCAGUAAUAAUAUCGAACUAUUGCCCAAAAAUCUUUUUGUUAACACCAAUAACCUCAAAUACAUCGAUCUGAGCUACAAUAAGCUAAGACACUUCCCUGCAGUUCCCUACAAACCGUAUCCUUUCUUUGACGUAGCUUUCGCCAACAUGGUACCGGAAGAACCAUCCUUUCUUGAUUUAAGUUACAAUAACUUCACUUUCAUCAGCUACUACCUCCUUAGAGGCAUCCACUACAUCGAUGAGUUGCGUCUGCACAACAAUAAUAUCAAAAUGAUCAGUGAGUAUGCUUUUGAUGAUUUCAAGAAGAUUAAUACUUUGAAUCUGGAUGGUAAUGAUCUGAACGAGAUAAGCGAUGGGUUGCUGGGUGUUCUUACUUACGUAGAGACCGUGAGGGUGGAAAAUAACCCAUGGAGGGAUAGAUUCGUGUGCAAAUAUAAAGACUGGUGUGAAAAACAUGAAAAAGUUAACUAUAUGGAGAUGAAGUGUCCUGUAAGACUGUAAUUAUAUUUAUAAUAGAAAUAAAGUUGUUUUAUUAAGUUAUUUAGCUUUUUUACUAAGUCACUCAUAAAAUAAUAAUAAGAAUAAAGAACAUUAAAAAAUGUUAA